AAUAAAAUAUUAAGUCGGGGGAACAUCCAAGAAUCUCCCUUUACUGCUAUACCACUACUCCUCUCGUCGUCUUCUUCUUCUUCACUCCUAUUUAUUCAUGCCCAUUAUCCCUCACUUCACAUACCCAGAACCCCAAAAUAAUGAUUCACUCCUAACAGCUUCCUCUAUCUCAGAUCUGUUUUUAGAGCUACUAAAAGGUGAAUAGAGGAAUUUGAAGGACUGAUAGAAUUGAUCGGCAAAAACAAUGGCAUUAGGAAAGUACUCUAGAGUUGAUGGUAGGAAGUCCUCGAGUUAUUGCUCGACUGUGACUAUAGUGGUAUUUGUAGCUCUAUGUUUAGUUGGGGUAUGGAUGAUGACAUCAUCAUCUGUUGUUCCAGUCCAAAAUUCAGAUGUGUCCUCACAGGGGAAAACUAGUGAUGCGACAACACAAGUUACCGAAAGUAAAGAGAGUUCUAAUGGUGAUGAGAGUAAUCCAACUGAUGAGGGAAAAUCAAAACAAUUUGAGGAUAACCCAGGUGAUUUACCUGAGGAUGCAACAAAAGGGGAUGCCUCAGUUAGUCAAGAAGAAAAUAAUUCUAAUUCACAACAGACAGAAUCAACAACAGAGGUCAAGCAGGAAGAAAAAUCUACAGAACAGAAUGAGGACACUGGAGACUCUAAGUCGGAAACUCAAUCUGAGAGUGGGACAGACAAUUCAGAUGACAAAAAGAUAGAGGAUAAGGAUUCUGAAGCUGGGGAGAAAAAUGAAACUAAGUCUGUUGGAGAGGAGACCGAAGAGGGUUCUGAUGAGAAAAAAUCAGUAGAAAAUCCAGGUGAACUGAAUGAGAAAAAGGAUCAGGAGGUAGACCAAGGUUCCGAUGAGAAGGCUGAUGGUCAGAAGAAGGACCAGUUGUCCAAUGAGGUAUUUCCUUCAGGCGCUCAGUCAGACCUUUUGAAUGAAACUACAACUCAAAAUGGAGCAUUUUCAACUCAGGCAUCAGAGUCAAAGAAUGAAAAGGAAACACAGAAGUCUCUGGAAUCAGAUAAAGAAAGCAGUUACACUUGGAAAGUCUGCAAUUCCACUGCUGGGCCAGAUUAUAUCCCUUGCCUCGAUAAUUUAGAAGCAAUUAGGAACCUCAGAAGUACAAAACAUUAUGAACAUCGAGAGAGACACUGUCCGGAUAAUCCUCCUACUUGUCUUGUUCCACUUCCUGAAGGAUAUCAACGUUCAGUUGAGUGGCCCACAAGUAGGGAAAAGAUAUGGUACCACAAUGUUCCCCAUACAAAGCUUGCUGAAGUCAAAGGACAUCAAAAUUGGGUAAAAGUUAGUGGUGAAUACCUUACCUUUCCUGGUGGGGGAACCCAGUUUAAGCAUGGUGCUCUGCACUAUAUUGAUUUCAUACAGCAGUCUAUUCCAGAUAUUGCCUGGGGCAAACGAACUCGGGUUGUAUUAGAUGUUGGAUGUGGGGUUGCCAGCUUUGGGGGUUAUCUUUUUGAUCGAGAUGUUUUAACCAUGUCUCUCGCUCCGAAAGAUGAACAUGAAGCUCAGGUUCAGUUUGCUCUUGAGAGGGGUAUUCCUGCAAUAUCCGCUGUCAUGGGUACAAAGAGGCUUCCGUUUCCUAGUCGAGUCUUUGACGUUGUUCAUUGUGCACGUUGCAGAGUGCCCUGGCAUAUUGAAGGGGGGAAGCUUCUCCUGGAGCUCAACCGUUUACUUCGACCUGGUGGACUUUUUGUGUGGUCUGCUACUCCUGUUUACCAAAAGCUUCCUGAAGAUGUUGAGAUUUGGGAAGCCAUGAAGCAGUUGACAAAGGCAAUGUGCUGGGAACUUAUUUCAAAAACGAAGGAUAGAGUUAAUGGAGUAGGGGUCGCUGUAUAUCGCAAGCCUAUGGACAAUGAGUGCUAUGAACAAAGAUCAGAGGAUGCUCCCCCGCUUUGUCAAGGAUCUGAUGAUCCAAAUGCAGCCUGGAACGUGCCUUUACAGGCUUGCUUGCAUAAAGCUCCAGUAGCCACAUCAGAACGUGGAUCUCAAUGGCCAGAAUCAUGGCCAGCCAGGUUAUCAAAAUCACCUUACUGGUUAUUGAGUUCCCAGGUUGGAGUAUAUGGGAAACCUGCUCCAGAAGAUUUUACUGCAGAUUAUGAACACUGGAAACAUGUGGUGAAGAAUUCAUAUCUUAAUGGAAUGGGAAUAAACUGGUCAACUGUGCGGAAUGUAAUGGACAUGCGUGCUAUCUACGGAGGAUUUGCAGCUGCUUUAAGAGACUUGAAUGUGUGGGUUAUGAACAUUGUCUCAGUAGAUGCUCCAGAUACACUACCGAUUAUUUAUGAGAGAGGUCUAUUUGGAAUUUACCACGACUGGUGUGAAUCCUUCAGCACUUAUCCCAGAUCUUACGAUCUUCUUCAUGCUGACCAUCUCUUCUCCAAGAUGAAAACAAAGUGUGGUUUACCGGCAAUAGUUGCAGAAGUUGACCGUAUUUUGAGACCAGAAGGGAAGCUCAUUGUCCGUGACAAAGUGGAAGCUGUAACCGAAUUAGAAAGCAUGUUCAAGUCUAUGCAUUAUGAAAUCCGUAUGACCUAUUCAAAGGACAAGGAAGGAUUGUUGUGCGUCCAGAAAACAAUGUGGCGACCAAAGGAGGUUGAGACACUUACUUAUGCCCUUGCUUAGCGUGUGCGCGGAUGCUGGUUGUAUUCCAUUGUAGAGGCUUUCAUGCCACGGUGACUAGAUAGUUUUUCGAUUAAAUUCUUGUUACUGUAUUCUUGUCGGGCUAUCGUGUACCAUUCCAUAGCAAAAUUAGUGCUAUCAUUAUAUAUUUGUGGAAAGUAAGUUUUGUAAUAUUAUGUCAGUAGUUGUGGAGGAGGUGAAUAUUCUUGGAAGUGUAAAUGCCAUUGGUUUAGCACGAUGGUAAAAACUCAAAAACACCAGAAUGAAAUUCGUUUUCAGAGCCCCGAGUUCUCUCUCAA